CGACCGCAGGGAAGAACAGGGCACCGGUGGCUGUGUAUAGCUUGCGUGGAGGACUCGGUCAUCCUCGAGUAGAGUUUUGGAGGCUACUUCUUUGCGAGGUCUGAAAUCUUCUCCAGUAACAGGGUGAUUCCUGUUCUUAUCGGCCCGUGCUGACGUUAUUUCGCCUGUUAUCCUUUCCAGCUGAUCUGAGAAGGCCCACUUCUUGUUGAAUGGAUGAUGGCAGUUGAGCAGAUACCAAAAAAGGAUUGGUACAGCAUUCUGGGGGCAGACCCAUCUGCAAAUGUGUCAGACCUAAAACAAAAGUAUCAAAAACUCAUAUUGAUGUAUCAUCCAGAUAAACAAAGUACAGACGUACCAGCAGGAACAGUGGAGAAAUGUAUACAGAAGUUCAUCGAAAUUGAUCAGGCAUGGAAAAUUCUAGGGAAUGAAGAAACGAAAAAGGAGUAUGACCUCCAGCGGCAUGAAGAUGAUCUAAGAAAUAUGGGACCAGUAGAUGCUCAAAUAUAUCUUGAAGAAAUGUCUUGGAAUGAAGAUGAUCACUCUUUUUCUCUGAGUUGCCGAUGUGGUGGAAAAUACAGUGUUUCCAAGGAUGAAGCAGAAGAAGUCAACUUGAUUUCUUGUGAUACAUGUUCACUAAUUGUAGAAGUCCUUCAUUAUAACUAAAAUUGUUCACUACUGGGAAUCAUUUAGCUUUGUAUUCAGACAUGAUGUGAAGAGAGGCCACUGGGCUUUGUUAAUUCAAGGAAAUGGAUUUUUUUUGUCAGCCCUAUUAUAAUAUUUGUAAAGAAAAUACAAGCUUGUCAGGCAGAAACCACCUUAGAUUAAUAGAAAAUUAAUUUAGUUAUUUAUAUGUGUUAAUAUUUACAGGUUGCCACAAAAAGGACUUGAAUUAUAAAUUGUAUUUAGU